AUGGUGUUUCCUGUUGCCUGCCCUUUCGGCAGAUAUUUCCCAUUUCUUUUCAUUUUCUCCUUACUUCAUUUCUCUUUCUUUCUACAUCUUAAGGUUUUUCUUUAUCUCUUUUAUACUCUUAAUGUUGAAAUUUUUUUAAUCUUUCUAUAUUGCUUGUUUUUCUUCUUUUGUUUCCCUCGUUUGUUUUUCUUUUUUGUUUCCCUCGCUUGUUUUUCUUCUUUUGUCUCCCCCUGCUUGUUUUUCUUCUUUUGUCUCCCCCUGCUUGUUUUUCUUCUUUUGUCUCCCCCUGCUUGUUUUUCUUCUUUUGUCUCCCCCUGCUUGUUUUUCUUCUUUUGUCUCCCCCGCUUGUUUUUCUUCUUUUGUCUCCCUCGCUUGUUUUUUCUUCUUUGUCUCCCUGCUUGUUUUUUUUUCUUUUGUCUCCCCUGCUUGUUUUUUCUUCUUUUGUCCCCCUGCUUGUUUUUCUUUUUUUGUCUCCCCAGUUUGCUUGUUUUUUUCUUGCUUUUUGUCUCCCCUGCUUGUUUUUUCUUCUUUUGUCUUUGCUUGUUUUUUCUUCUUUUUUCUCCCCUGCUUGUUUUUUCUUCUUUUUUUGUCCCCCUGCUUGUUUUUUUUUCUUUUGUUUUUCUUCCCCCUGCUUGUUUUUUUCUUCUUUGUCUCCCCUGCUUGUUUUUCUUCUUUUGUCUCCCUGCUGCUUUUUUUCUUCUUUUGUCUCCCCUGCUUGUUUUUUUCUUUGUCUCCCUCGCUUUGUUUUUUCUUCUUUGUCUCCCUUGUUUGUUUUUUUCUUUUUCCUCUUUUUCAUUCCUUCUCUUUCUUUUCCAUACCUUUAUUGCCUGUUUUCUUUUUUCCACUCUGUUUGAUUUUCUCUCAUUUUUUGUAUAUCUCUUCAUUUGCAUUGUAACUUUCCACCUUUUCCAUUUUCUUCCAGCCACCCUGAUACACCAUCCCAACUUCCAGGCUUUACUUAUUCAACAGUGUAGACAUAGGUUUUCUCUCUUCAGUGAACUGUUCCUUUUUUCCUUCUCUUUUGUCUUCUUUUAUAUCUUUGUUUUCCUCGAGCUCUUUCUUCCUGCUUAUUCUUCCAUCCCCUUUUUGUCUUUUUCUUAA